AUGUAUGACGUGGCUCUCGUCGUCGGCGCCGGCAGUAAUCUCGGCUACCAAGUCCUCAAGAAACUCACAGAAACCUACAAUGGAAAAAUUUACUUCACAACCGAAGAUGAGACCACUGGCUUCAACAUCCUCAAAAACCUGGAAAGAGACAACCUAGAUCUGAACUUCAUACAAAUGGACGUCACCUACACGAAGAGUAUCAUCAAGUUGAGGCACUACAUCCAAGAUUUGGACGAAAGAAUAGACCUGAUCAUCAACGCCACAGACUACGUUCCAGAGAAAAGGAUUUCGCUAUCAGAAAUUGUUAGGAGGACACUAAGUGUCAAUUUCUAUGGAUACAUUAAUUUUGGUAAAUUGGUGUACCCGAUACUGAAUGAGAACGCGAGGGUUAUCAAUGUAUCAGGUCCUGCUGGUCUACUGGCUACUAUAGAGAACGAAGAAAUAAGGAGAAGGAUAAGUGACUCUAAUUUGACAGAAGAUGAGCUGGUGGCCAUCUUGCAGGAUUACGAGCAGGCCGCAAGAAGAGGCACGGAGAAGACAGAAGGAUGGGGAAUGAGCGUGCACUGCGUCAGCAAAGUUGCUUUAAAUGCAGUAACCUUCCUACAACACAGAGAAUGGGCUAGUAAAGGUAUAACAAUUAAUUGCGUGAACCCUGGCAAUCUGAACAGCAAAGAAGGAAGGAAAACGGCAAGAGUCUACGAGGAAGGUGCCAAAGCAAUUUUGUAUUUGGCCUUUGAAGCGCCUUUGACGUUAAAAGGUAAUUUUGUUUGGAGCAAUUAUUCUGUGAUUGAGUGGAACUCUGACCCGUUUGUGGAGGUCACGACAGUGUAA